AGUUCAUGGUAUUUCGACUAACCGAGGCACUCAUCUCGUGUGUAUCCUCCUCAACACUCACUCGAUGACUUCACUAUCUCUAGACCAAGGUGCUCUGAAAGAUGAGAUAGCCGACCUUGAACGGCGUCUUCAAGAUGCCAGGGCCCAGUUGCAUCAAAGCGAUACUGUAGUUCCUCCACCAGCGAAAGAUGCAGCUCUUCAUGCAUUACUUCUGCUCUCGGACUCAGCGCUGCCGCUAGGUUCGUUUGCCUUCAGUAGUGGCCUGGAGUCUUAUCUCGCUCAUCACAGGCCAUCGCCGCCGUCUGCGUCGCAGCUGCCCUCUUUCAACACAUUUCUCCGCCUCUCACUGUCGACCCUAGCGAGCACCGCGCUCCCGUACGUACUAACGGGAUAUCGACACCCAGAAGAGAUAGAAACGCUCGAUAAUGAUUUUGAUGCGAGCACACCUUGCACGGUGGCACGGCGGGCGAGCAUAGCACAAGGACGGGCGCUACUAACCGUUUGGGAUCGCAGCUUCAAAACGCAAUACAGCGGGCAUGAGGCAGACGAGGCAGAGAGCAAUCUAUCAGCUAUCAAUGUUCUUAAAGCAUUCUCAUCUACUCUCCGCACAUCAGAGCAGACCAACGCUCAUCUCGCGCCGCUGUGGGGCUUAGUCACCAAGAUUCUUUCUGUCCCGCUACACGAUUCCGCGUACCUCUUUCUUUUCUCUCAUGCGCGGACCGUUAUCAGUGCGGCUGUUCGCGCGAGUGUCAUGGGGCCAUAUCAAGCGCAAGCGGUUCUCGCGAGUGCAGAAUUGCAGGACAGGAUACGAGGGCUGGUCGAUGAAGGAUGGCACAGGUCGGUGGAAGAUGCUGGGCAGAGUGUGCCGGUUAUGGAUCUUUGGGUUGGAAGACACGAGAAGCUAUACAGUCGGAUAUUCAACUCUUGAAAAUGAUGCCGAGCGGUCGGGAUGGUACAGGAAUCGUAAGCGGUGCAUUUUCACCCACUCAUAGGUAUCAAGAUAUAGCAAAGGAACCUCCCUUCUCGCCUGCAGGGCUACCUAUGUCCAGGUGCUAACUCUGCUCUAUACUCAGGAGUAUCAAUAAAUAUUUCUUGGACU